UCGUUCUGCACAAGAGGGCUGGCCACCUACCAAUUGUCGACAGCGUGCUGCCUUGUCGGUCGGUCGGGGAGAGGACGCAACGACCAGCCGAGAGCAGAACUACCGGUAGCCCCAGGCUACCAGAAGACAGACGAAGCCAUGGCUGUCUCCAUCGCCAGGGCACUCGCGCCUGCGUCGCACUUGCGCGGCGCCAUAUCCACUCCUACUAACCCCCCGUAUGCACAAUUGAGUGACACGUGCUCCGUCUCGCUGAGCGGACCCCAACUUGAAGGGUGCAGAACAAACAGCAAUGGCUACACGGUGGGCUUUCGUGUUCCCAAAGCCCGAUGUCGGGCAUUGCACGUGGAUAGGGACGCUGGGGGAUUGGGAUUGGGAUUGGGAUUGGGAAUGGGGUUGGGAUUGCGGUUAGCCUCGAGGUCGGAAUCGUUAUCAGGCGUCAGCGGCAGGAGGGCGAUCAUGGCGCGCAGUGGCCACGUUUCCCGCGCAAAAGAUGGCGCGCUUCACGGUUGCGAUGGUCUCUUAUUGUUUCCCGCGGCAUCAAGUGGGUGUCGGAGACGGGCAAUCAGCGGAGGAGAAGGGAGGGAGGAGGAGAAGGAGGGAGGAGGGAGGCAGUGUUCUUCCGCGCUGGCAGCCGGAUGUGGCACGGCAGAAGAAGAAGGCGAUGCCGACGAUCUUGCUGAAAUAGCCAAGGAUGCGCGAAGAGACCAAUGUGAAGACUCCGACUCCACCUCAACUGCGGCAUCUACAAAUUUCUUCACAGUUGGAUUGGCUUCAAUGACUGUUUUACUCUCACAGGCUCUCUGGUCAGCAGGACCGGCUCUCGCAGCAUAUGGAAGACUGAAUCUCCCUGAUGAGAUACCGGAGGUCACCGCCGAGGAGUGGCACACAAUCAUCUUGGUCUACGGAGCAUUCGCUAUCUUUUACUUUGUCAUUGCUCCCCCAGCACUUCUACACUGGAUACGUAUACGCGACCGAAAUAAGACACUCUUGGAGACAUUCAUCAUGUACUAUUUUGUCUUCGUGAAUUUCCUAGGAGAAAAGGAUCAGGGUUAUCCGUGCAGCUCUCAUGAUGUAUAGCAUUGUAUAAAAACUCAAGGUUUUCAGUAUUUACAAUUCAACAAAUUAAAUCGAUUGUU